AUAUUUUUAUUUGCUAAAAAGAUCUAUCAUUUGAGCUAAGCAGAGAGUGUGGAUCUUUAGCCGGAGUAUCUCCCGUUGGAAAUCGGUUUAGGAGAUGGAGAGGAGGGCAGAGGACGUUGAAGAAACAGCCGCCGAACCUUCUGGUGAAGCCAUAAGAUCGAGGCUCAGUAACAGAGCAGACCCUUUCCUUGUUGUUUGCAGGUGUUUCAGCUUCGUUACGUCUCUCGUCGCUGUUCUCUGCGUUGUUGUUAAUGUUCUCGCUGCUGUUCGCUCCUUCCGCGACAGCCACGAUAUAUUCGAUGGAAUAUUCAGGUGUUAUGCUGUGUUGAUCGCUUGUUUUGUGGUUCUUGCCGAGACAGAAUGGGGAUUUAUCCUUAAAUUCUCCAAGGUUCUUGAGUACUGGGCUGGCAGAGGAAUGCUUCAGAUUUUUGUGGCUGUGAUGACAAGAGCUUUCCCUGACUAUAUGACUCAAAAGAAGGAUCUCUUGCUUCUACAGAACAUCGCUAGCUACAUGCUCCUCUCUUGUGGUCUUGUCUAUUUCAUAUCGGGGAUUCUAUGCAUUGGUUUUCUGAAACGUGCUCGACAGAAGAAGGAAAUCUCAAAAGAACAAGCUGUCAAGGAUCUUCAGGAGAUAGACCGACGCAGGGAAGAACUGGAACAGUUGCUCCUGGAGCAUCGGAGUAGAGACGAUGUGUGAAUGUCAUGUCAUCAUCACAAUUGUAUUCAAUUUACCAAAAUUACUAGUAUUCAAACUCUGCUGGGAUUGAGGAUUUAAGAUGUUUGUAUGUGAAAAAAAAAAAUCUAGGCUUGAGUUCUUUAAUUGCUCAUUCAUUGAGUUGUGGUGAACUUAUAUCUGUCAUAUUGAAGAGUGGAUUUUAUAAAUUUGAUCACAA